GGCCCCUGGCCGAAGAAGCCCUGCCCCUGUGGCCCUGGAGCCCUGGAUGAUUUUUCUUGUUCUUUUUCUCUUUUCCUCGAUGUCCCAGCAACGCAGCUCCUUUCCCCAGCCCUGCGUCCGCCUUGGGAGCCAGUCUCCGCAUGGCAGCAUGGGUUGAGGCAUUUUGUUUUGGCAGUCCUUCCCUGUCGAGUUUCGAGACACGGACAUUGCCGUGUGUCGUAUUGUUUUGGGGCUCCGGCCCAGCCUCUGCACUGACACUGCCUUAUGGUCGUCCCGGCUACCCCAGCACCCCAGGCCGGCCACCCGACCUUUCUGUCGUCCGUCGAUCCUGACGGCGCCAUCGUAAGACGCGCGCUGGUGAUGUGCUCACCAGCCCCGCAACCGCGAGUUGGCUGCUCAACUCCUGUUUGCUUACGAUCCGCACGCCAAACACAUGUUGGGAAUGCCUGAUGGGCGGCCUGUCCACUGGAUACCAACAGAGCAUGCCGCCUAGUGAAGGACGGUUUGCUCCGGAGAGCCAUCAGGGCAUAAUGUGAUUUGCUAGCCGGUAGCAAAUAGGCGUUGUCGACCUCGACCGGAUCUCGAUCUCUCGCAUACAUACACGCAAACCGAAACUGCUCUGCGCCUUCCGAGUCUGGUCUGGAGCGUCGGCGAAUGAUCGCUGGGUCGGGCCGUUGGACCAUGAACCUGUGCAGGCCUUCGUAGUCCAGACUAGCCUCCGUUCCGUGCGGGGCUUUGUGCAGUUCCUUGGCAAGACCUGUCAACUCUGGACGGCUGCAUGCGUUCCAUGACGCGUUCAUUUUCUGUCCUCCCCACGCCGCUCGAAUACACGGACCGGAAGCUAGCAUGGCUCUCCGGUGUCUGUCCUCCCCUCAAUUUCCCCGCACGACGCCUGUGGCCAUGGGGUGAUGCCGGCAAUAUGCGUCUGUUCCCGCGUCGCGCAUGCAUAUGAUGCCAUGUAGCCUUCCUGCUCUCGCCCUCAAACCCGGCUUGUUGCCGCCUGAAGCGAAGGGCAAUUGGAAACAUCUGGAAUGUCAAGAUGCUGUGCUUCCUCAACCGGUGUAGCGCCACCCCGAGCCGGCCAAUGCAGGGCAUCGAUAAACUGGCCACCAUCCCGUCCAUGCCGGAACUACCGCCAUCUAUAUGCCGACGUUGGCUGCUCAAGACGAGACAGGGAAUUGCGUGACAUGAGGAGUUCAAUCUAAAUUAGCACGUGUCAAUCGUUCGAACCCCUUACGUUUCUCUUAGCCAACCCUCCAUCGCACAAAACAAGACACUGCAUCAAUCGACACCUGGCAGCAUCGUAUAAAGGCUGUCUAGAUGCCGACAGUAGCCGGUGGGCCCUUCGGUGCUGUCUUACUCUGGUGGUACCAAGGAGGCUUGCGGAACAAGGAAACGCCUCUACCAUUGCGAUGCACAGGGCACAUCUCCCGCGCUUGCAGGGCUUUAGGAGGCAAGGGAGAAGUUAUUCCUCGCGUCCUCACCGGUGAGCUUUCCCACCCAGGGGAUGUGUGACGAUCUUGUCGGUGCAAAUGCCUCAUGCGUCCUCGCUCACUUCAUCUCGCAGGCUCACAGAAUCGAGGGGCGCUACGGGAAGAAAAAGACUGGGGUAUCUCGGCUCAUGAUGGAUUAGAUAAUCCGCCAUGCCAGGGGUAAGUCCAUCCAGCGGGGUGCCAAAAGUUGGGGAAGUGGCGCAAGGGAAAAAAAAGCUGGAAGAAAAAAAAGUGGGAGCUAGUGUUGGAUGAAGUUUGUUUGAGCUCAUCGCCGCAUGACGGUUUAUCACGGCUGGCCUUUCUAAGCCAAGCGACCUUACCGAUUGUGAUAGAUACUCAGAUCUGCCGCUCUCCAGCGUGCCUUCUCGGUGCUUUCGCCAGGGUCGUUUGCCUCAAUCGCCGGUCGGCGCACGAACUUGUCCUUCGGGGUUGCCUCUGUGAGGAGCUCUGAUACCAGCAACUCGACUCAACGGCUGCCCUCGCCCGAGCCACGCGACCUUCCAUUGCCCGUGCAUACUAGCAAAGAUCUACUACUACGGAAACUUCUAGUCGAACGGACAUACGUACCAUAGACGAGGUACCGCCUCCGUCACGCACUUGUCGGCGAUCUUCUUUGGGGGAGGUGCUUAGGGGUUGACCGGAUUUCGGUCCCAUUCGACUACCAGCCCCGUUGGCCUGUGCUGUCUCCAGCUCCAUCUACACCUUGGACAGCGGCAAAAAGGCCCAACCCCCACAAUGGCUACGGUAGCCCCGCCGCCGUCCAAGCGGCAACGGCGUGAGCAAGUCGAGAAGACGCAGACACAGCAGGACGUCACUGCCGCAUUUGCACCGCCCACGGGCUCUUUUCGUGCGCGUUUCGUGUCGGGUGCCGACGGUUCCCCGCUUGCCGAUGUGGUUGAGAUCCCCUUUGCCGACGCGUCAGAGAAGAACGUGUCGCUAUUGCUCAACACCCUCCUCGGCCGCGACGCUGAAGAGUCGGUUCCAUACCGCUUCCGCAUCCUGCUGCCCGAUAAGGACCUUGUCAUCGAUGCGUACCCAGCCGACCUACAGGCCCUCCUGCGCACUCACGGCAUCGAGGAUGCCUUCGAAACGACCCUGACGCUCGCCGCCGAGCCCCAGGCCGUCUUCAAGGUCCAGGCCGUAUCGCGCCUGGCCCACCGCAUCCCCGGCCACGGCGAGCCGAUCCUGUGCGCGCAAUUCAGCCCCGCCACCAGCUCCCGCCUGGCUACAGGGUCGGGCGACAACACGGCGCGCGUCUGGGAUGCCGAGACGGGCACGCCCAAGCACACCCUCAAAGGCCACACCGGCUGGGUCCUGGCCGUGAGCUGGUCGCCCGACGGGCAGCGGCUUGCCACAUGCGGCAUGGACAAAACCGUCCGGCUUUGGGACCCAGAAACAGGCAAGCAGGCCGGGCAGGAGCUUAAAGGACACGCUAAGUGGGUGCUGGCGCUGGCGUGGGAGCCGUUGCACCUGUGGCGCGACGGCACCCCGCGACUGGCGAGCGCAAGCAAGGACGGCACAGCGCGUGUCUGGACCGCCAACACGGGCCGUACCGAGCACGUAUUGAGCGGACACAAGGGUAGCGUUAGCUGCGUGCGAUGGGGUGCGGGCAACGGGACUGGCGUCAUCUACACGGCGUCGCACGACAAGACAGUCAAGGUCUGGGACGCUGUCGCGGGCACACUGCUUCACGAUCUAAAGUCACACGCCCACUGGGUCAACCACCUGGCCCUCUCCACCGAUUUUGUCUGCCGGACUGGCUUUUUCGAUUACAAGAUGAAGGAGGCGCCGACAGAUGACGAGGAGCGCCGCAGGCUGGCCAAGGAGCGCUACGAUAAAGCCGCUACCAUUGGGGGCAAAAUCGUGGAAAGGGUUGUCAGCGCAAGCGACGAUUUCACCAUGUACCUGUUCGACCCGCUCAACGAGGGUACCAAGCCCAUCUCCCGCAUGGUCGGCCACCAGAAGCAGGUGAACCACGUCACCUUCUCGCCCGACGGCUCGCUCAUCGCGAGCGCAGGCUGGGAUAACCACACCAAGCUGUGGAACGCUCGGGAUGGCAAGUUCAUCACCACGCUCAGGGCCCACGUCGCGCCCGUCUACCAGUGUGCAUUUUCGGCCGACUCGCGCCUCCUGGUCACAGCGUCCAAGGACACGACGCUCAAGGUCUGGAACGUCCGCACCGGCAAGAUGGCCACGGACCUGCCCGGCCACGAGGACGAGGUGUACGGCGUGGACUGGAGCCCCGACGGCCAGCGCGUGGCGUCGGGCGGGAGGGACAAGGCGGUGCGGCUGUGGAGGAACUAGGACGGGGCUGGGUUCCUUGCACGCGGAGGGAGAGAAUUGUUUUUGGAUGCAAUUUCACGAUUCACGUUGGGGUGGAAAAGUUUACAAAAGACAGACAUAUCUGGUAUUUCCUUCCAUAGAUACCCUUGGGUUGGGGCGGGCUCAAAACGGAGGCGAUAGAACUACCUAGAGCGUGGGAUAGAGAUAAUAAUGAACCAUACUUUUGGGAGCCAGG